AUGUCGAGGGAAGAAGAUGAAGCAAGAUUGUAUAGGAGUUUCGAGAAGUAUGAAGAGAUUGUGAAACAGGUGCUGCUGCUUGACGAGCUGACGGAGUCUAUGGAUCCUAGUAAUGUGAAACUCCCAAUUUUAUUGGUUGCAAUACGUACUGUGGGCUUGCAGAACCCUAGAGGUGACAACUGCGGUGGCACUGAAAGUGGCUCUGUGCUGGAUAGAGAAAGCUUCGAUCAAGCUAUUGUACAAACAAUAACGAAGUUUCUUCAUGAUCUGAAUACAAGUACCAUCGAUCCUAGUCCCAGAACUUCUAAUCAAUGA